AUGAAAUCAGUUAUCAUUGCUCUCUUCUUGGGAUUGGUCUCCCUCCAAUAUGUUUUGGCCUUAGGUUCUGGUAAUGAACGCUUUGCGAUUUACAAGACCUCUGAUUGUUCAAGUGAUGUUAUUGGUAAUGUUACCCUUAAUACAAAGAUUCCUCUCCUAGAUCCAGUUUGUACUGAUCUUUCUUGUUCUUCUCUUGGUAGCUUGACCGUCAAGCCUAGUUGUGCUGAAAAGACUAUGCCUGCUGAAGCACCAACUGGUACUGCCAUGAUUAGCUAUUAUGGUCCAUCUGAUGCUACUUGUUCUUCAUCUGAUGGUGCUAAGAUUUCUGCCGUAUUCAGUGUUAGUGAUAACCUCGAUUCUUCUGUAUGUAUUCAAAUGCCAACUCUUCCAGAUGCUUUGAGCUCUGUUGCUAGCAAAGUUAUCUUCUUUGAUUUCAGGGCUCUCAAGAUCUAUGGAUGUGGAAACCUUAAGGCUUAUACUGAUACUGCUUGUACCACUGGUGAAAAGGCAUUGCCUGAUACUAAUGGACUCUGUGUUGAUGGUUACAAGGUUAAGGUUCAAUGCAAUAAGAUAUCUACCAAUCCGUCUUCCUCUAAUAGUACUACCAUUACUACUGCAAACAAUUGUGCCACAAUGAAAGUCUCCUUCUUUGUUCUUGCUUUGGUUGCCUUGUUGUUCUUUGCUUUCUAA